UUCACUGUUUGCAACAUGCUACUGGGCAAUUUGAUAGUGGCUGUGAUCUGCCUGUGGGGUACUGAUGUCAGCAAAGCUUAUGUGUUUCAAGCUUCGGGCCCCGCGGAGGGAGGAGACAACCCACCACCGCAAACUAAAGUCAUCUCAGAGUGGGUCAGCUCAGCGGGCUCCUGUAAGGGGAGGUGCUUCGAGCUGGAGGAGGCCAAACCUCCAGGAUGCAGAUGUGACAAUCUGUGUAAAAACCUACUAAGCUGCUGCUCGGACUUCGUUGAGCACUGCCUGAAAACCGAGGGAGGUUUUGAGUGCACACCGGAUCGCUGUGGGGAGGAGAGGAACGAUGACCAUGCCUGCCACUGCUCAGAGGACUGUCUGGAGAGAGGAGACUGCUGCUCCAACUACAAGUCCCUCUGCAAAGGUGAGACUUCAUGGGUGCAAGGAGACUGUGAGGAGAUCAAGAGUGCAGAAUGCCCCUGCAGCUUCAUCCGUCCUCCACUCAUCAUGCUGUCUGUUGACGGGUUCAGAGCCUCCUACUUGAAGAAGGGCAAAUCUGUCAUCCCCAACAUACAUAAGCUGAGAUCGUGUGGUACGUCAGCACCCUACAUGCGACCAGUCUAUCCAACAAAGACCUUCCCAAAUUUAUACACCCUGGCCACGGGUCUUUACCCAGAGUCGCAUGGGAUUGUGGGGAACACGAUGCAUGACCCGGUGUUUAAUGCCACCUUCAGCCUGCGCACCAGAGAGAAACUGAACCACCGCUGGUGGGGCGGACAGCCAAUCUGGAUCACAGCCGAGGAACAGGGAGUGAAAGCAGGCACUUUCUUCUGGCCUUGGGUGAUUCCCCUGGAGAGGCGGAUUCUGACCAUCCUGCGCUGGCUGCAUCUGCCUGAUGAUGAGAGGCCGUACGUUUACGCUGUCCACUCAGAGCAGCCCGAUACCUACGGACACCGACUGGGGCCGCUCAGCAGUGAGCUGGAUAACCCUCUGAGGGAGCUGGACAACAUCAUUGGUCAGCUGAUGAACGGCCUGAAGCAGAUGAACCUGCAUCGAUGUGUCAACGUCAUCAUUGUAGGAGACCACGGUAUGGAGGAGGCCCACUGUGACAGGACAGAGUUCCUCAGCAGCUACCCACUCAACAUAGACGAGAUCACGCUGAUCCCCGGCUCCCUGGGCAGGAUACGACCCCGCGACCCCAAAUCCACCACAUAUGACCCAGCAGUAGUUGUUGCAAACCUCACUUGUAAAAUGCCGACUCAGCACUUCAAGCCGUACCUGAAACAGAAUUUACCCAAGAGGCUUCACUAUGCCAACAACCGCAGGAUCGAGGAUGUCCACCUGCUGAUGGAGAGGAAGUGGCACAUCGCCAGGAAAAUGCCAGAAAAACUGAGGACUCGUUGCGGUUUCUUUGGCGACCACGGCUUCGACAACAAGAUAACCAGCAUGAGGACGAUCUUCGUGGGUCACGGGCCGAGCUUCAAGUUCAAGAAAAGAGUUCCAGAGUUUGAGAAUAUAGAGUUAUACAACGUCAUGUGUGACUUGUUGGGGUUGAAGCCGGCACCAAACAACGGGACAUACGGCAGCCUGAACGACAUGCUGAGAGAGCCGCCGCACCGACCCACCAUGCCAGAGGAAGUGACACCACCGUCGCUGGCGUCUGACUCCGAGGUCGCUGUGACACAUGACCUGGGCUGCAGCUGUGAUGAUGAGAACAAAGUUGAGGAGAUGAUCGAAGCUUUCAGUCCUGCACCAGAUGGAAUCUACAGUUACAACAGCACACACCUUCCAUUUGGUCGCCCGGCGGUGAUGUUUGACACUCGGUACAGUUUGCUUCAUCAUGUGGAGUUCAUCAGUGGAUACAGCAAAGAGCUGGCCAUGCCUCUGUGGACAGCAUACACGCUGCCACGACAGGAGGACAUGACUCCUGUGCCGGACGUGUCCCCCGGUGUCCAGUGUAUCCGAGUCGAUUCCAGAGUGUCGGCCGAUCACAGUCAGAGCUGCACCACCUACAGCCAGAGCAGCCACCUCACCCACGGCUUCCUCUUCCCCCCAGAGCUGGCCUCGUCCCCCGAGUCCAGAUACGACGCCUCUCUCAUCACCAACACUGUUCCCAUGUUCCCCGCCUUCAAGAGAAUGUGGAGUUACCUGCAGGGGGCGCUGCUGAGACGCUACGCAGAGGAGAACAAUGGCAUCAACAUCCUCGCUGGACCCAUCUUUGACUACAACUACGACGGCCUCCGCGACACCGCAGAGAAGAUAAAAGAGUCUUCGCCCGACGCUCCGCCCGUCCCCACCCACUUUUACACUGUUGUGACAAGCUGCCAGGAGCUGAACCAGACUUUGGAGGAGUGUGAUGGAGCACUCAGGGUCUUUUCCUUCGUGCUUCCUCACAGACCAGACAACAGCGAGGCCUGCAAUAGCGCCGAGGAUGAGUCACAGUGGGUUGAAGACCUGCUGAAGCUCCAUACGGCCCGAGUCCGAGAUGUGGAGAUCCUGACGGGCCUGGAUCUCUACCGAUCCACCAACCUCACCUACACCAGCACCAUGAGCCUCAAAACCUACCUGCACACCUUUGAGAGUGACGACUAGACACACAGAGAGACAGAUAGACAGACAGACAGACGAACACACACACACACACACACACACACACACACACACACACACACACACACACACACACACACAGAGAGAGAGAGAGAGGAUGUAGCUGUUUGUAAAAGUCCUGCAUGUUGACCACAUGCUCACUGGACAGCCAGCGCAUUGUUGUUCCACACCUGAGGAAGUGCCUGGAAAGGGGAGCACAUUUUUGAAAUUGGAAAAGAUUAAAACGAAAGGUUUGGCAAGUAGUAGUUUGAAGAUUAAAACAGGAAUAUUCAAUACUGUCCAUGAAAUCUGAGAAAGAAUAAGCUAGCACAGGAAUGAUGCAGGAUGGGGGGUUUUUCUAACAACUGCCACUACAGUUUUCAUAAAUACAGAAUACACAGUACAUCCUCACGAACACAUAAAGGACCAUAGCAGUGUUUUAACUCCAUAAGUAUAAAUGAUGUAUACUUCGUAUUCCUACAGACCGUUGUUGUUGUAGAAUGAAACACAAGUCAUUUCUUACUUACACAAAUCAAGUAGUAGACUCUUGAAACGUGCUUUAGUUGUCGGAUCACAGGGAAUGUGAUCGUUGUGAGAUACACAGGGAGGACUUUUCAAAAUGAACCUUCAAAUUAGAUUUUCAUGCUGAAUGGAAAUAAACAGAAUUCAAUUCCUGCCUGAAAAGUUUGAAAAGUUCACAGAAAAAUCAGAGAGUUUACAGCAACGUUUAAUCGUUUUUAGUUUGUCGGCUGCUAACAUAAAAAUGCUGGUCUGGUUCUGUAAAGGAACAGUUUUCGGGAGGUACUCUUACUCUCUGAGCAUUAGAUGAGACUGGCACCACUCAUUUCUGUAGGUGAAAUAUGAAGCUGGAGCUGGCAGCUGGUUAGCAUUUAGCUUAGCAUAAAGACUGGAAACCAGGGGGAAAACCUGCUAUUCUGAGUCUGUCCAAAUGUAACAAAGCCUGUCAACUGACAUCUAAUAAUAAAUCUAAUAAAGCUCACGAAUUAACAUCUCACAUCUCGUUUGUUUAGCUUUCGACGUGCUAAGUGAAUGUUGUUGCCUUUGGACAGAGUCAGGCAAAUGAUUCCCCCUGUUUCCAGUCUUUGUGCUGGCUGUAGCUUCAUAUUUAACACACACACACACACACACACACACACACACACACAUACGAGUGAUUGUGAUAUUCUCACUCAGUGAAUAAGCGUACCCCCCCACCACCAAAAAAAUAAAUAAAAACUAUUCCUCUAAAACAACAUGCAACAUACAUAUGCAUACAGGUACAUGUAUAGACACACAGGACAUGUCAUGUGAACACCAGGGUCAGAAAAUAAUAAUAGUCUUUCCUAAAAUAUCAGGUAUUAGUCACAGAUUUUAAAGUGGAUCCCCCUCAUUGGAAAUUCAUCUUUUCCAAACAAAUAUAUGACUGGUGCCCUGAGUGUUACCACGGGUGCUCGUGAUUGGCCAAUUUUUACAGUGACGUAAAGAAAUGCUGUUUUUGAUAUAAAGAUAAUAUUGUUGUGUGGAUAAAUUGGACAAAAUGUUUAUACAGUGCAGUCAGACAGGGAGGAAAAUACUGUUCUAUCCCAACCAGUGAGUCAGUAACACAUAAAUUAAGCAAUAUGAUAAAAGAAACAUAAGCUUCCCGGAACAGCUCCUUGCUGUUUGUUUGUUUGUUGUUGGUUUUUUUUUUUUUUUUGCUUAAUGACAUUUUCCAGCAGACAAAUGUAAAUGGUACAAAUGGAAGUUUUUCUUGGCAGCGUAUAAGUUCAGUGAAAUUUUCCCAGAAAGAUUCAGAGAUUACUGUUAAAAAACAAACACGAGAAAAAGAAAUAGUUAAUCUCUAACCCUGGUGCACACGCAGUGAUUGCAACGAUUCUCUCCAUCUCCACAUCUCCUUCCCUCCCUCUGUCUCAGCUGAUCAUCUAGGUGUAUAUUUUUAUACAAUUUUUUUAUAUUUAUUAUGUAGCAUCAUAAUAAUAACAGCACCUAGUGUUACGGUAUUAAUCUAGUGUAACAGAUCUGUCCCCGUUCACUGUAAUAACAUAGAAACAGAUCACAGUCAUAUUGUGCUUUGUUCCCAGGAGGUGACAAGACUGAUUGUGCUGUAAAGGAAAAUGAUUUAGGUUUAAAUCUGGGUCUUAUUUUCAUACUUUUGUCAUGAUAACAUUUUUUUCAGCAGUGUUGUUGUGGUGAUGCAGACACACAAGAGGUUUAUCAGUCUGAGGCAGCAACUCACUCGGGAUUUGGAAGUGAAACUGAUGAUUAACAUUCUUAAAAUAUUCCACAUAAUCAUGUUUCUUUGCAAAUCUUUGCACAUCCCUAACUACGGGAAGUUUGGUAGGUCAAUAAAAACGGAUGGAAAACACACGUAUUUUAGGGAAGUGCCGACUCGCAGAUAAGACAGGCCGUUCAUUUAGCUG